AUGGGAACUAGUUCAAAACUUGAUGCGGAUUUGACAGUAACUAGUGUUGAUCAAACCUUGUAUAGAAGCAUGAUAGGAAGCUCUUUUAGUGUUGGUGUUUGUGCUAGAUAUCAAGCUGAUCUUAAGGAAUCACAUCUAAAGACUGUUAAACGCAUUAUUAGAUAUGUUUCUGGAACUUCUAACUAUGUGGUGGUGUACAUCUUUGAUUCCAAUGUUGAGAUUGCAGGUUAUACUGACUCAUAUUGGGCAGGAAAUGUGGAUGAUCGAAGAAGCACCUCGGGUGGAUGUUUCUUUGUGGGAAACAAUCUUGUUUUAUGGCAUAGCAAGAAGCAAAACUGCGUGUCUCUCUCAACUGCUGAAGCCGAGUACAUUGCAGCUGAUUUUGUGCACUUGAAUGAUUUGUUUCCAGUUCUUGUUGAUAGCAUUUUCCCUUUGUCAUUCCUAGACAAAAAGGGGGAGAAGUAUUUGGGUGCCUUUGUGGCUAUUCCUUAUUGCUAA